UUAUAUAUUUGUUGUCAUUUUUAAAAUUGAUGAGAAAAGAUACCAUCAAAAAAAAAUAACAAAAUAAAUAGUUUAUUUACGUAAUUAUAAUAAACAUUUGGCGAUCAAGAUGCAACGUUACGUAGAUAUGGUUGUCAAUUUGGCAAAAAUAUUUAAACAAAAUAAAGGACCAUUUGGCAUGCUUCGGACUAUGUACAGAACUGAUGACUUGAAAUGGGGAACUCUAGUUGGUGAGGAUAAAUAUGGAAAUAAAUAUUAUGAAAAUAAUUACUUCUUUUAUGGAAGAAAUAGAUGGAUAAUAUACAAUGAACUUGUUCAUAUGGAUUAUGAUGCAUCACAGGUACCAGCUGAAUGGUAUGGAUGGCUUCAUUAUAAAACUGAUUUGUUACCACACAAUGAUCCAAAUAGACCAAAGUACAAGUGGAUGAUUGAUCAUCAACAAAAUUUGUCUGGUACUAAAAAAGCAUACAUGCCAUACAGCACAGCCAAGCCAAAAGUUGAAGCAUGGAAACCAUUAUAAGUAUUAUUUUUCAAGUAAAACAAACUUAGAAAAAUAAUCAUUAUUAUAAGUUGUUAAUAUAUGGAAGAUUAUAAGAAGAAAAAUAAAAUAAUAAAUAAGUGUAAAUAAAUUUAU